AUGGGGAGCAGACGGGUGACCUUGUCGAGUUUGUCCGUGUUGGCCUUAGCGGCCGCGGCGUUCUUUCAAACCGGCUACGGCGCCGGCGAGGUCCACGACGCCAGCCGUAGCGCCGCCUUCGCGAGGGCGAGCGGGACGCGUUUCAUGGUCGGCGGGAGACCGUUCUACUCGAACGGCUUCAACGCGUACUGGCUCAUGUACAUGGCGUCGGACCCGGCCGACCGGAGCAAGGCGUCGGCCGCGCUGGAGCAGGCGGCCCGCCUCGGCGCGACGCUGGUGCGGACUUGGGCGUUCAGCGACGGGGGUUACCGGGCACUGCAGGAGUCGCCCGGCGUGUACAAUGAGGCGACGUUCAUGGGGCUAGACUAUGUUAUAGCUGAAGCAAAGGAGCGAGGGAUAUAUUUGAUACUGAGCCUGGUGAACAACUGGGACGGGUACGGCGGAAAGAAGCAGUACGUGCAGUGGGCCAGGGACCAGGGGCACUACAUGGGUUCUGACGAUGACUUCUUCACGAGCAGCGUGACCAAGGAUUUCUACAAGAACCACGUCAAGACGGUCCUCACCAGAGUGAACAAGAUGACGGGAGUGGCGUACAAGGACGACCCGACCAUCUUUGCAUGGGAGCUCAUGAACGAGCCUCGCUGCCAGAGCGACCUCUCCGGGAAGACUCUGCAGGGUUGGAUCACGGAGAUGGCCGGAUACGUCAAGUCCGUGGACCCGAACCACAUGGUGGAAAUCGGGCUAGAAGGGUUCUACGGCGAGUCCAUGCCCGACCGGAAGCAGUUCAACCCGGGCUACACCGUCGGCGCCGAUUUCAUCUCCAACAACCUGAUCCCCGGCGUCGACUUCGCCACGAUCCACUCCUACCCCGACCAGUGGGUGUCCGGCGCGAGCAGCGACGCGCAGGUGGCGUUCAUGCGGCGCUGGAUGGCGUCGCACGCCAACGACUCGGCGGCGGUGCUGCGGAAGCCGCUGCUGGUGGCGGAGUUCGGCUGGUCCGCGCGGUCCAACGGCUACACGGUGGCCGCGCGGGACGCCUACUUCCGCAUGGUGUACGACGCGAUCUACGCGUCGGCGCGGGCGGGAGGGCCGUGCGCGGGGGGCCUCUUCUGGCAGGUCAUGGAGCCCGGGAUGGAGGGCUGGACCGACGGCUACGACGUCGUGCUCGACCGCAGCCCAUCCACUGCCGCCGUCGUCCGCAGGGAGUGCGCCAGGAUCGGCAGCCUCAACCAGGUCGCCUAGCGGUACAUGCCAACCAACACGCAAGGGACUGCGGAGAAACCAAGAGACUCACGGGCAAGGUCCAUGGACGCUGCAAUAAUUUACGUCACGAUGUUCGCAGAUAACGCUGUGUGUAGA